UCCUAUUUCUCUGAGGUUUUGUUUUCUGGGGAUUUUGCUUAGAAGAGGAUGGGUGAGAGUAGGCAGACUGGGAAGGUGAAGUGGUUCGAUGAUCAGAAGGGGUAUGGCUUUAUAACCCCCGACAACGGCGGCGACGAUUUGUUUGUUCAUCAGUCCGCCAUCCAAUCCGAGGGUUUCCGUAGCCUCGCCGACGGCGAAGAGGUCGAGUUCGUUAUCGAUUCUUCUGAAGGACGCACCAAGGCCCUUGAAGUCACUGGCCCCAACGGCAACCCCGUCCAAGGCGCCACGAGAUCCGGACGGGGCGGCGGUGGUGGCGGCGGCGGUUACGGUGGCGGUGGAUACGGUAGCGGUGGCUAUGGUGGUGGUGGAUAUGGUGGUAGUGGUGGAUCUGGAGGCUAUGGUGGAGGUGGUAGAAGAGGUGGAUAUAGUGGCGGUGGUGGAGGCGGAGGCGGCGGUGCUUGUUAUAAGUGCGGUGAGAUGGGCCAUUUGGCGCGUGAUUGUGGACAGGGUGGCGGCGGAGACAGAUAUGGUGGUGGCGGUGGCGGAUAUGGCGGCGGCGGUGGAGGAGGUAUAGCUUGUUACAAAUGUGGAGGAUCUGGGCAUUUCGCUAGGGAGUGUCCCAAUAGCGGUCGCUAGUUUCGAAUGCGGUUAAAUGUAUCUUUCACAUCUCCAUCUAAACCACCUUUUCUCUUUCGCUCCUUUUGUUUUGGUUAUUGCUAUCCUAUGUUAUGAUACUUUUUGUUUCUUUUUUUCUGGGUUUUUGAAGAUGGAUUGCUCCUAGUCCUAGUCAGUUUACUUGUUUUUGUUUCUUGGGUUUUUUAUUUAAUGGGCACUUUCCUUGGUCUUACAGUGGAGUGGAUUUUAGUCUUGAUGUGCACAAUGAUGAAAA